AUGGCUAGCCCAGGGAAAGGUCUCUCAGCGCGUCGGCGCAUUUCGAUUGCAUGUAGGAGAUGCAAUUCGAAGAAGGUGCGCUGCAAUGCCCAGAAAGACCGUCCUUGCUCGAGGUGUGCGUCCAGGGGCUUCGAAUGUGUCCUGAUCGAUUCCCAGCGUGGCAAAUAUGCGCGGCGCCGGACUGGUGGUAGCCAUGUAAAUGAUCAACGAUCCCCAAUCACAGCCUCGGACGCUCAAUAUCGUGAUGAUGCAUUCCCAGCUUCCAAUCAAUAUAUGCAUACAGCCAGCUCGUUGGAAGAGUUUGAUGCAGGACAAGGUACGCGAACGCAAGAUUCUCCUGCCAUGCUCUAUGCCCAAGUGGCCGAGCAUGGUAUCGACCAGGUACAACGUCCCAUCACUCGAUCAGCCAAGACUUAUUUUCUUGGAGAGGCAUUCAGUCUCACCUAUGUGGUAAAUGAAGUCUUGGCCCCAUUUUUGAGGGGCCCCAAUCCUCAGUAUCAAAGACGAUUGCACUAUCCAAUUUCCGAGGCGUCGUCAUUUACAAAGACACAAACAGGGAACCCGUCCUGGCAACAAGCUAUUCUUCUCCAGGAACGGAGAAUUUACCGCGUUUUAGCACAAGAGCACACUGCAGGUCUUCUAAGCUUUUAUUUCAAAUGGUUUCACCCAGCUUUUCCUAUUAUCGACAAAGAACAGUUCACUCGUCAAGUAGAAGACGGAGAAUCAUCUUUACUAAUUCUCAAUGCGGCUUUGAUGAUUGCCGUUACCAUCUGCCCAGAGGCCGACCUUGUUUCUGCUGGUCUGCCUGAUAGAUAUGCGGCGCGGGAAAUAUUCUAUCGGCAAGCAAAGCUACUGUACGACGAGGAUGCCGAUGUCGACAAGAUUAAUAUAGUCGUGGGAACAUUUCUGCUUAGUUUCUGGUGGGGAGGGCCCGACGAGUCGAAAGAUUCGUGGCACUGGCUUGGAAUUUCUGUCAGUCAAGCUCAAAGCUUGGGGAUGCAUCGUUCAACCCUUCGAUCCGGCAUGGAUCGCGAGAGGAGUAGAAAAUGGAGAAGAAUUUGGUGGUCUAUUAGGAUACGAGAAUCUCUUGUAAGUGGUUCCAUCGGACGACCGCAGCGUUUCACAGAAAAGGACAGUGAUGUCGAAAUGCUUGAGCCUCAGGACAUCAUUGGAGGCGAUGUUCAAAAAGACUACAUAUGCCAAAUGGCUCGGCUUUGCCGAAUACAUCGUACUUCACUAGAAGAUGCAUUGGAGGUCUUCCAGAAGAAUAUUCCUCCUAUACUUCAGUACCAUACUUCGGGGCCGGGUUCUGAACAACGGCUUUGGUCGGCCAUGCUUGCAAUGGCGUUGAACUACACCGCCAUCCUACUUUGCCGACCUGCACGUAGUAUAUAUGGCGAGGACCAAAUAGAGCCCUGGGGAAAUCGCACGCGGGCGUUUAGGGCUGCUAAUGAUGUAUCACGGGUUAUGGAGGAUCUACUGACGGAUUCAAUGGGCCAAGUUUGCCAAAUCCACACAAUUCCCGCUUUAUUCAACGCUCUCGCUAUUCACCUAUCAACAAUCUGCACGUCAAGCUCUGUUGAACGAGAGCUCGCCGAAAAUCGCGUUCGGGUAUGCAUGUUUGGACUAGAAUCCCUUCAGCAAUCAUGGCCGGUUGGCAGUUGGGUUCUCCUCAUGUUCAGAACUGUUAUACGUAUGCUACAGAAAAAGUAUCGCGAAAACCAGCAGGUAAAUCCCGCAAAAGGGAGAUCGGGCGAAAUAUCUAACCUUCACCUGGGGACUCAAUCUUCAAGGAACAACCUACCGAGAAGAGAUGUCAACGUUGAUCUGCGUCCUGUCGGCAAUGCGAGUCCUGUUAGCAACAGUACAGAAAGGUCCCAUCUACAAGGAUAUGGCGAUAUUAAUCUCGAUCUACUCCAGAACAGCUUGGCUCACGGCACCAAUAUGGAAGAGAUUCCCAUCGAUGACUGGACUUUUCUUCAAAGCCUCUUCGAUAUCAAUCCUCACCAAGCUAAUCAACCAGAUUUAGAUGGCUUCUUUGAACCACUAAAUAUACCGGCAUUCGGUAACCCUUGA